AUGCCCUCUUACUUCUACCACCUGAAGUUUGAACUGUAUCCUUACCCUUCCGUCGACGAUCAAUCCAUACCUUCCAAUACAAGCCCCUCCAAGCAAAAGAGAACAAAGGAGGAGGAGGAGGAACGCAGGAGGAAGAUCUGGUUUCCGGAAGAAGGGACGGACAUCUUUGAGAGUGGGAAGUGGCCUAGGCAUAAAAGGGUUAAGGUGAAGGAGAGAAGGGGCUUUGGGAAGAGUGGUGGAACCGGAGAAACACGAGCGGCCGGGGUUGGAGUAGCAACUGGAACUGGAGGCAGGGGAGUCAUUGAUUGCGGAUUGGCACGAGCAAGUCAUACGCCGAACGAGAACGAGGACGAGGACGAGGCGCUCACCGUCCAGAUUCCAAACGAGAGGAACAUCGAGUUCCCGCCACCGAAUACUGUGAAUAUACAGAGGGAUCAGAGGACUGCGGUUAAGGACUGGCGGUUUGGCAGGGUGAGGAUCGAGAGUUUGGAUAUGAAGGAGAUUGCAGACUUCAACUCGAACACAGAUACGGAUACAGACAUGGCGUCUGCGCAGAGACCAAGAGGGGAGAGCAGCUCUGGUGGGACUGCGAGUAAUGGGAUUAAUGCUGGCCUUGCGCCUGAAGCUGCGGGUGUAGGACGGGUCACGAAAGCGAGAUAUGAGGUCGUUCAGGAGAAGAAUACAGAGGUUGGGUGGGGAAUUGUGCAUUUGUAUCGGGAUGGGGAGGAGACUCCUGGGCUUGGCAAUACGGAGGUGGUUUAUACUGCUGGAACUGAGGCUCCGGGUCACCAGCGGCAGCCAAGUGCUGGGUUAGGUGUGAAGGAUGAGGAGGAGCAUGGAGAGGAUUGCACUACGUUGUGUAUUCCUGCUGUGCCGAGCUACCUUACACCCAGUGAUUUUCUGGGGUUUGUGGGAGAGAAGACGAGGGAGGAAGUCAGCCAUUUCAGGAUGGUGAUGACCGGACGGAUGAAUAGGUAUUUGGUUCUUAUGAAGUUUAGGGAUGGGAAUGCGGCCAGGAGAUGGAGGAAGGAGUGGGAUGGGAAGGUGUUCAAUAGCAUGGAGCCAGAAACAUGUCACGUAACCUUCAUCAAGUCGAUUACUUUCCAAACACCGACUUCUUCCAGACCUAGUACCAGCUUCCCCGAGCUCUCCCAUGACCCUUUCAUGCCCUCAUCCUCAACAUCCUUCCUGAAGCCAUUCCCUCCACCAACUCCAAACCUCGUCGAGCUCCCAACAUGUCCCGUCUGCCUCGAGCGAAUGGACGACACAUCCGGCCUCCUCACCAUCCCUUGCCAGCACGUCUUCCACUGCAACUGUCUUCAAAAAUGGCGAGGCAGUGGCUGCCCCGUCUGUCGACACACAAAUCCCUCCCUAGCACUCUCCUCCUCUACCAGCACCAGCACAAACACUUAUGACCCCGCAAGCCCACCAUUUGGCAGCGGCGAAGCCUCCCUCUGCAGCGUUUGUGACUGCACCGACGACCUUUGGAUCUGCCUGAUCUGCGGCAACGUAGGCUGCGGCCGCUACAAAGGGGGGCACGCAAAAGAACACUGGAAAGACUCCGCACAUAAUUUCGCAUUAGAGAUAGAAACGCAGCAUGUGUGGGACUAUGCGGGCGAUCUGUGGGUACAUCGUCUCAUUCGGGAUAAAGGGGAUAGCAAGGUCAUUGAGCUGCCCUCUUCUUCCCGCUCGGGUAUGGGGAUUGGUGGGGGCAGAGAUGUGGACAUGGUGCCGAGGGAGAAGUUGGAGGGGAUAGGCAUGGAGUAUACGCAUCUCCUGACUAGCCAACUUGAGUCUCAGAGAGUGUACUUUGAGGAAUUGGUGGGCAAGGCGGUUGCGAAAGCUAGUGCGGCGUCGAGUGCUGCUGCGGGUGCUUCGCAGAGAGCCGAUGAGGCGAUCUCCAAACUUGGGCAGCUGGAGAAGGAGAACAGCGAGUUGAGAGGGGUAGUUAAAGGUCUAGAACGGGAUUUAGAGAAGGAGAGGAAGAAGGGCGAGAGGAGCGCGGAGGUUGCGAGGGGCUUUGGGCGCAGCUUGAUGGAGGAAAAGAGGGUUGGCGAGGGGUUGAUGGAACGCAUUGGCUUCCUGAAUGGCAAUGUGGAGAAGAUUACCGGGGAAUUGGAGAAGGUCAAGAUGGAGAAUGCGGAGUUGAAGGAGGAGAAUAGGGAUCUGCUGUUUAGUAUUAGCGCCCAGCAGAAGCUGGCCGAGAUGGGGGAGGGAGAGGGGAUCGAGAAAGGGGAGUUGGAAGGUGGGAGUCUGAGUUUGCCGCCUGAGAAGGAGAAGAAGAGGGGUAAGGGGAAGGGGAGAGGGAAAUGA